AUGCAUCGACCUACACCCUCCUCAAAUACCAAUGGUGGACUCUUCAAAGGUGGUAAUAUAUUUGGGGGCAGUAAGACUCCAACUUCAAAUCGUCCAAGUACUAGCGGAGGUUCCCCUAAAAGCGAGUCCAAAUACAGUCCAACACAUCAACCGACUCACCAACCGAGACCAUCGGUAACGGGCUUCAGUCGCAAACCCUCCUUUUCUGCAUCCUCUCGCCAUAAUCGACGUAAUAAUUCCACGGCGCAUUUACACUCAACACUCCUACCCAAUCUUCCAUUAUUUCCCACUUCCAACUCAUCCGAAAAGCAUUCUGCUGCGAACAAUCCCUAUGUCGUACCAGUAAACCUUCCAUUACCACCCUCGGAUCCCCGGCAAAGCAUAGAUAGUUACGAUCGCGUUGUCUUAGCAGAAACCGCAGGAACCAAUUCGUUUGGAGAAACAUUACCGCGUCAAUCGAUAGAUGCUCAAUCCUUCACCUCGACGACGCCAUAUUCGAAGAUGCUUGCUAGACCAGGAACGGGUUAUCAAUCCUCAGGGGGAGGACCUGCGGGACCAGGUGUAAUGGCCCCAAUGCAACCUGGUAGUCCUACGCUUGAGACCAUAACUUACCAGCACAUACAAGAGAUGGCGUCGAAGAGAAUAUCUACUCUGGAUUAUUUACGAAAGGCUCAUGAAGGAAGAGUCUACUGGUUCAAUACAUUAUUAUUCAACAAACCGGAUUUACAACGAAUGCCCUACUUCGAUGCGCGCAAACUGGCCCGCCGCGCGACAAAUUAUCUUCUUCUCGGUCUUUCACUCCCUGCAAUCCUCGACCUCAAUUCUUCAAGUCCUUCCGAAUUUUUGCGCACCCUCAACGCGCUUCUCGGCGAAUUCGAAUCUUUCCAACAAGCGCAUCCACCAGAUGGAUCGACAUCUUCUUCAUUAUCACGCGGAAGAUUUCCACAAAUGUUCAAGCGCUCAACUAUGAUUCCAAGUAAAGGACGACGCACAAGUUCUGCAACCGAAAUAGGAUUACCGAUGGGCAACGAUGUCUCGGAUACGAAAUCUAUCAAUGGCAGUACAUCGAGUGGAGGCGGCAAUGGCGCAACAUCAUUCCCAGCAAGUGAGAACGAUUUAUUACCAGGGGAGGAAUAUACACAUCUCUUGACACCAUCUUUACCAUUCGAUCCCGAUUUCUACGAGACAUUUGCGACACUAUGCGAUGUGUUGAUUGAUUGUUAUACAAGGUUGAUGAGCCUGGUAUCGUCACCUAAAGAGUGCAGUCCACAGAUUGCGGAAAUGUUUACCAAAGCAGAUGCUAGAGUAAGGAAGAUUAUUGUGCAGGGAGUAGUAAAGGAGUUUGAGGAUAGCAGCAGAGGUGGAGUAAAGAGUGAGGUUGCGGGCGUUGGGAGAGUGGUUCUGGGUGGGCUUAUGUGA